AUGGGGGGAUUUCGGCUGGGCGCCCCUCUGGCGCAGGCCGUGAUAGCGGACGCGGCGGCGGCGGCGGAGGUGGGCCAGUGCGGCAAGGCCUCUCGCACCGCGGCAGCAGGUGCGGAGGCAGAGGCGCAGGAAGCGGCAGAGGCCACGGCAGCCCCGGAAGGACAGCAGCGCUGCCGGAAGAGGCGGCCGGAGGACCAAGAUGAUGGAACCCUGCAGGCGGCUGCGGCGGAUGGGCCUACGGCGCCAGAUGGUAACCACCAGGAGUGGUGGCGUCCUGAUCCCCUGCUGCACUUCCUGCACUGUCCGGAGUUGGUGAUUUCUAUGAGCGACUUCUUUUUCGCUGGCAAGCGCCCUACCAGCGCCUCCAGCAAGCGGCGCAAGCUCGACCCUGCGCCGGCCACUGCCGCCUUGCCGCCCGCGGCGGCAGCAGUUUGCGCCCAGAACGGCGCCGCGGCGGCAGCAGCAGAGACGGCCGCCGAUGCCCAUGCACAGUCACCGGCAGGGCGCUUGCCGUGUGCUGCGGCCCUGGCGGCGGGCGGGGUCAGCCAGCAUGGCGCAAGCUCCAUGGCAGCAGCAGCGGCCACUGCGUCGCCCUCCCCAUCCCGCGAGCAGGCCACCUCCACGGCGGGAGGCGAGGUGAAGGGCGCGGCGCUGUGCGGCGCGGCGCGCAGCGUGCUGGGAACGGCGGCAGGCGCGGGCCAUGAGCCACCGUUCAUCGCGCUGGAGGUGGCGCAGCGGCGCAGGAGCGGCGGCCAAAGCCUCGGCGCUCCCCGCCCUCUGGGCCAGCGGGACCGGGGCGAGGCGAAAGGCGCCGGCCGCUCAAUCAUGGCGCCUGCGCAGCAGGGCGCCAGGGCCCCGCUGCAGGAGCGCAACCACGAGGAUGCUGCGCAGGCCCACGCUCCCGCUGCUGGCCUGCCGUGCCCCCGCGGCGCUCCGUGCAGCAUCCAGGCGGCGCGCCCAGCUCAUGGCCCCGCAACGCUGCGGAUCCCCGGCUCCUUCCGCGGCCCAUCCCAGGCAGAGGGUGUGGCCACCUCCCCGGCUGGGAGCCCCGAGCCAACCCUGGGCCCAAAGCCGGCGGAGGCGGCAGAGGCCAUGGCGGCACCGCAGGGACAGCAGCGCUGGUCGCCCCAUGCCAUGGGCCAGCCUGCGGACCAGCUGCAGGGCAUGCUGGGGACCUACACCCAGCGCAACUCACCGGUGCCUGCCAGCGGCAGCGGCGGCGCCGGAGAGCCAGGCGUGGCACUGGAGUCCAACCCCGCCAGCUCCCGCCAGCUGCUUGCGGAACAGGGCGGCCUGCAGGGCGGCGAAGAUCACGAUGUGUUGAUGGAGGAUGCCCACGGCCUGCCCUUGAGCUACCACGACGCGGAUGGCGGCGGCAGCGCCGGCAGCAGGCAGCAGGCUGGCAGCGGUGCUGCACUGGGCGGUGGCUGGGAUGAUGAUGUGCGUCCCGGCGGCACCAGCCAGCCAGCCUCUCCUGCCCGUUUGGAGCAUGAAGGGCAGCAGGUUCAAGGGACAGAGGGAGGGACAGAGAAGGGGCAGGAUGCGCAGGAGGAAGAGGGGCAGCAGGUGCAGCCGGCAGAGGAGGAGCCGCAGGUGCAGGGUCAGCAGGAGGAGGUGGAGACGGGUCGGCACCAAGAGGAACAGAUUCAGCAGGAGGCGCAGCAGGGGGCGGAGGAAGAGGCUGCAGCAGCUGCUGUGCCAAUGCUGCCAGUGGAUGCUGUGCCAGCGGCUGCAGCAGGCACAAUGGCACCGCUCUGCUGCGCGCAGCGGCGGCGCGCAGCAGCAGCGCCCAGCGCUGGCCCAAUGCGGCGCAGCGGCAGAGCGGCGCGGGCAGCCUCAGGCGGCGCCUGCUCCAGCGGCACUGCUCCACGCCGCGGUGUGAAUCGGCAGCGUGUGCAGCCGGAGGAGCUGGAGGAGGAGGAGGAGAGCGAGGGCGGUGCCGGUGCUGUGCGAGAAGCAGGGAGUAGCGAGUCGCAGCGUGAUGGGGAGGGCGCCACAGACGACGCCGACUUUGACCUGGGUGAUUUGGUGCACUCUGGAGCACAGGAGGAGGCGCAGGGUCUCAUGGGCCAGUCUGCGCUGCUGGCCGCGAUGGCGUACUUGCAGCACGAGGACAACGCUGCUGCCAUUAUGGCGGCGGCCGUCGCUCAGCUGCCCCUGCAUCUGUCCAUCACCGACCCCAAGAUCAACCUGAUGCGUGUGCGCAAGGACAGCGACGAUGUGCUGCACGAGAUGGGGCUUCAGACAGGGGCUGCAUCCCGCUUCUUGCUGGCGGCAGCCUUCGACAGCCGGGAUGUGGUCGUGAAGGAAUAUGGCAUGAAGCCUGCAGAGCUGCUGGUGCUCAUCCCCUGUGGCAUGUGGCUGGUGUUUUACACAAGCCCAAACAAGGGGAUCAGAGCCCGCGGCCACGGAUACCUCUGGUUAAAUGAGGAGGCUACGCGCAGGACGCACGCGCAAGUGCCUGUGUAUGUGGCACACCCCAGCUCCAAGCGGCUGUGGGCGGUGCGCGUGAUGACGACCCGCAGCAGUGCCGAGGAGGUGCAUGCAAAGCUGCUGUGA